UGUCUUCCGUGUCUUAACAUAUCAGAAAAAGAAAGGCUCCUCCGGCCAGACGAUCCAUUCUCUAGCCAGAAGCAAGGAAAGAUCAAAGCAGAAACAGUACACACUUCUUUGAAACCCAAAUGUCAACCACUAAACCUCAUCAUGAUGCAGAAUCUGAUCCCGAACUAGUUCAAUCUCAGGGGGAUACUAUUAUAUUUUAUCCAAGAGCACUCAAUAUUGUGUGGGGCAGUGACCCCCGCUACUGGCGCUUACCUCCUGAUCAGGAAAAGACAAGGGCUGUUGAAUUGGUACAGGUAUCAUGGCUGGAGGUAACCGGUUCACGCGAGAAUCUGGUGGCUGGAAAGACGUACGAAAUAGGGUUCAAGAUAUCAUUGACACAAGAAGCUUUUGGUUGGAAUGGGAGCAAGGUUUACGUGAUGGCCAAGCAAGGGCGAAGGGGAAGGUACACUUGGAAGAGAGCAAGCCUGGAUGCUUUCACAAAUGGGAAUCCCGUCGAAAUUCCUCAAGCUGAUGACAAACUCAAAAUCCAAAUUACUCCCAAUUCUGACAGUACCAUCUACUUCGGUAUGUAUGAAGUCUGGAGCGGCAAAUGGAAGGGAGGUCUCAAAAUUCACAAUGCUUACAUCAGAGAAGCGUGAAAUUAGCAAAGCUCACUCAUCUAUAUCCGAUCCAUUUUACAAUAUCAGAACAUGAUGGCCGGCCAUUAUUACCUGCAUGCAUGCGCGAAUAUCUAUCUAUCUAUAUAUCUUAAUUAUUAUUAUUAUUAUUAUCUAUAUAAAUAUAUAUGUACUGAUCAGUAGUGAGUGUAAUAAGCCCACCAAAUCAAAGACAAUUGUUAUUAGUACUAGCUAGCUGCAUGCAUCAUGAGCAGUACUAGUACUGAUCAUCAGAUCAUUUGUCUAAUUAAUUUGUGUGUGUUUAAUUAUAUAUAUGAAUGAAUGAUCAUUUUAUAAUUUGUAUUUUUGUUUU